CGCUGAGAAUUUCGUAAAUUGACGACGAGAAUAGAUCGAGAAUAAAUGCUUGUCUGUACAUUAAUGUUGAUUAUAUUUCUACAUUGUAAUUUAUUGGCAAGCGUCAAGUGACGGACUCAACUUUACCUCUGCCAAGGGUUUCCUGAGGAGUAAAGCAUCACCAAAUCUGAAAGAUGGCUUUCAAACAGAUGUUUGAUGAAUUCAUAACCAAAGCUGCAUUACACACGGUGAUGGAACGCUUUCCAGACGACUACAAAAAAGCUAGUGAUCAGGGCAAGAUCAAGGAAUUGCGGAAGGCAACGGAAGUCACGGUUAGUGAGGUAAAUCAAAUGUUACAUGCUAGAGAGAAAGGGUUCAAACUGAAGGAUGUCUUGGUACAAUUACCAGGUGAUAGAAUCAAUGGGAUGGCGAAGGCACUCGGAAAGAAAACAUUUGAAAUGACAACUGACGGUCAGGUUGUCAAAGUGACCAGAGACGGUGCGAUGUUUCUGCCCGACAUCAGUUUAACUUGUUUGAACUCGAACCGUAACAAAGCGAGUAAAUUACAAAUAGCCAGUAUUGUUGUAGAAUGCGUGAUCCUCAUCCUCGAGCUCAUCGGAGUUGAUAUUCCUGAUGAUGAAGAAGAAGUGAAAAAGGCCAUCCAAAUUGCUUUGGAUGACCUUGAUAAGAGCAAAACGCUCAUUAAUGAUGUUGACAAAAUACAGAAAGAUUAUGAAAAGGGCGACUAUCCAGCAAUGGCGAAAGAUAUGUUUGUGCUCGUUGUUGAUAGUUUCCAUGAGGAUAUCUUCUGGGAUAUGACCAAAGCCUUAUUGUCUGGCAUGCCGUGGUAUGAUUGGAUCAUCACCUCUGCACAAAUUGCAGCUUUCAUUGCUAUGCUGGUUGCUACUGAAGGAGUGGCAGAGAUUGCAGAGUUGGUGGUAGAAUUAACCAAAGCUGCAUUCUUCCUGGAGAAGCUGGCAAACUUAGUAAAUUUGAAGGAAAUUGAAAUGAAGACGAAGUGGGAUUGCCAUUGUUGCGAUUUAUUGUGAUUCAAUCUGAUCAAAAGCUUCUCAUAUUGUAAAAUCCACUGAGUUGAACAAGGCCUAUUCUAUAUUUAAUUCAAAAGAAGUUGGCCUAGUCGGGGGCCUAUGCAUCCACAUGAUCAUUGUCUGUCUCAUAUCAUCCAUUGUGUGCAAAUAACCCUUUGCUUAUUAAACAAAUAAGCAAAACUUUAUUCUUGCAUCCAAAUUUUCAUAAUUACGCCUGUACUAUAUAUUUUUAUUUCAAGAAAUCCACUUAUUACGACAAGGGGAAAGUAUAGCCCCUUUAUUAUAGUACAUGAUAUAAUAGUGAUACGAGCCUAAUCCAAAAAUGUUCAUAUCAGCAUUUAUUGAAGAAAAAAAAUUGUGUAUUGUGUCAUGUGUUAAAUAAAAUCUUACCUUAAGAUAUAAUGAUUUGUAUUUCCUAGUACAUAUCUUGGUAACAUGAUAUUUUAAGAGCUUGUUCUGGGUUUUGGUAUUUCGGUAAACGAAAGAAGAAAGUGAAAUUGUCUGAUGAUUCAAUUGCUGCAACGAAUAAGGCAGCGAAAAUUUGUUUUUAUACUAAUUAAAUGAUUCCGGAACACAUAUUCAUAUCUUUUGUCGACCUGCGAAAAUCUUAUCCAUUUUGAAUCUAGUUAACCAUACUCACCAAAGUUCAUCAGUUGCAAACUAUAAAACAUUGAAUAAAUUUUAGCAUUUCGUAUGUUGAAAUAUUAUUUUGGGGGGUCUUUGCAAAAAGGUUGUGAAAAUUGUAUUUUCACUUGUGUAUAUACGCUUUCCUUGCAUUCAUAAGACAGGAGAUUUAAAUUGAAUGAGCGGUGUGCUUCUUUUCUGUUUGACGUUGGUUUGCAAAACCAUGGAGUUUCUGUCUAUUUGUAAUCUUUUGAUAAUUAUUUUUAUGUUGAUCAAUGGAAACUGAAAGAAAAAAAUGACAUAUUUUCGAUUAGAUGCACUAGUGGUUUCAAGCACGAUUUCAUUGCUAAGAUUAUUUUUUUAAUAGGCCUACACUUGCUGUCAUGUAAAUUAUAAUGUUUUAAUCGUAGAGCUACUUGUGUAUAUUGAUUUACCUUUGAAUUUCUUCCACUUCAACCUAUUAUUGCCUAUUUAGUUUUUAUAAGCCUAGUUAGAAAUAUGUUUUACAUCGCUAUGGUUCGUAUAAUAAUGAUAGUCAGUUUUUGUAUAACACAUAACAAAUAUGUCUCUAUGCACUCCAGAAAGUAAAGUAGAGGAAGAGAUGUGUUGAUGAGCUCACUUUGUCGAGCUUAAUGCAAUUUAAACAAGUAGGUUUUGAAGGCUGUUUUAAUUUUUUUAGCUGAUUCUUUUUAGGGAAAUGGGAGCUUGUUCCAUAUAAAAUAGGGGCUGCAUGAGCAAAUGAACCUUCACGACAUGUUUUUUUAUUAUUAUUAUUGGAGGAACGAUAAAUGAAUUCUGAACGUAAAUGACGUUGGCUUAGACAGUGAGUCAGUGACUAAAUCAUUUAAGUAUGAAAGGAGCAAGUCCAUAUAUAGAAACAUUAUAUACUAAUAACAAAAUCUUAAAUUGGAUUCGAAACUGGACUGGUAACCAAUGUUAUCACGUUUCUUUGUUCGAGUAACGAGCCGUGCUGCGGAUAGUUUGGUUAGUUUUGGAGUUUUUAAAUUUGGUAGUUGAGAACACUGCAAAUUUUCAUACUUUCAUAAUAUCGAAGAAAAGGAUAUAAAGAAUUAAUCGUCUCAUUAGACAUGUCGAAAAUAAAUAUGAAUUUGUCCUUUUGCAUAUGUUACACCACUCUAAUGUUUGAGAAUAAGGAAAAUGAAUAUAUCUUAAACAAUGAUGUAUAUAAAAUUAAUGAAAACGUAUUUGAUAUCACAA